CCAGGGGGCGCCACGCAGGCUGGGCAGCCAAGCGCCCGAUGGAGGGCGCCAUUGUGGAAGAACCUAGCGGUGCUAUGGAGCCCUGGUGCAGGGCAGGGGUCGGUGGGCAGGGCCCUCUGGGUCCCCGUGUGCCCGGAGCCUCUCGCAGCCGCACCGGUGCCCGCGCCCUUCUGCUGCUGCUGCUGCUGCUCCUGCUCCUGCCUCGGUGGCCCGCAGGUGAGCCCACCCGCCCCCGGCGCCCUCCCCUACACGCCCACCCCUGGCCGCCUCUGACCGGCUCGUGACCUUCCGCAGGCUGCUCGGCUGCAGGCGAAUCUCCCGGGGCGCUGUCCACCACGGUCCCGAACGACCCUGGAGUCUCCUGUGGCCCCAGAGCCACCUGUCCCUCAGGCAGGCUUCGCCUUCCCCGGCAGGCCAGCGCUGCAGCGACCACCGCUCCGCCGACAGCGGCACUGUCGACCUCGGGGGUCGCUCCGAUGAAGACUACCGGGUCCGUUCACUGGACGAAACCCAGCUACUUCCGCUGUGAGUACUGGGCAGGAGAGGUCAGAGAGCUCUUACGAAGCUCUUUUCUUCCUCUAGUCUGUGGCACCUCCCAUGAGCCAGACCCUACUCUCAGGGACCCAGAAGCCAUGACUCGGCGGUGGCCGUGGAUGGUCAGUGUGCAGGCUAACGGCAUACACAUCUGUGCUGGUGCCCUUAUUGCUUCCCAGUGGGUGCUGACCGUGGCCCAUUGCUUGACCCAGGAUGGUGUUAACUACACAGUGAGGGUGGGGAGUCCAUGGAUUAACCAGACGACGACAACCAGCACAGAUGUACCAGUAUAUCAGAUCAUCAUACACAGUGGCUACCAAGCCAGGCGGUACUGGUCUUGGGUAGGCCGGGGCAGUGACAUUGGUCUCCUCAAACUCCAGUGGGGGCUCAAGUACAGCAAAUAUGUGUGGCCUAUCUGCUUGCCUGGCCUGGAAUAUGUGGUGGAGGACAACUCUCUCUGCACCGUGACAGGUUGGGGACAUCCCAAGGUUAAUGACAGGUGGCCCCAGUUCCAAUCCCUUCAGGAGAAGGACGUCACCAUCAUGAACAGCAGGAAAUGUGAGCAAUUCUACCACAAGUUCUCCAGAAUCCCCUCUCUGGUUCGAAUCAUCAACUCUCAGAUGAUCUGUGCCUCGGACGAAAACAGGGAAAACUUCUGCUACGAGCUAACUGGUGAGCCCUUGGUCUGCUCUGCGGAUGGCACGUGGUACCUGGUGGGAAUGAUGAGCUGGGGCCCAGGCUGCAUGAAGAGCAAGGCCCCACCCAUCUUUGUGCAGAUCUCCACCUUCCAGCCGUGGAUCUGGGACCACCUUAGUGGGAAGGCCGUGGCCCUUGCAGCCCCUUCCAGGACCUUGCUCCUGGCUUUCCUUCUGCUCCUCAGCCUUCUUGGCACUCUGUGACCCUGCCAGGUCUCCUUCCCUUCCUACGGAGUGCCGCUGUGGGUGUGGCAAUCAGCAGGGACUAGCAGAGAUUAAACACUUCUUUUUCCCA